AUGGAGACAAGUGAAAAGAUCAAUGAGCCUGUGGAGGUCAAACUUCUAGAAUCUGUCAGAGUGGAUCACUUGGUAGGAUCUCUGAAGCAUGGGGGUCUCUCCUCUAUGCUUAAAGAUGGCCUCUUCGCUGAUUCGUCGGCAGUUACAGUAAUGUUGCGAAUGUUUAACGAAACGGCACGUUGGGAUAUCAACAUAUGCAGCAUGUACUUGCCGAAGCUUAAAGAAUUUCUGCGAGGACACCUCUGCCUGCGAAUCGUGCGCCAAGUCCUUGUCGUCUCUGCAAUUGUCGCUACUGGUCUAAUAGAUUCACUGCGAACUGCGCUCGAGGGCCGAUCAGUUCCAUUGGAGUGGAUGUUGCUGCCGAAGAGAGAAAGAAGAAAGCUGAGAGAAUUGAGAGAUCUCCGAGAUAGGCGCGAUCACUACUAUCGAAAGCUUUCGCAAGAAGAAGUGUAUAAAUUGGAUGCUAUAAUGGAGUUCCUGAAACAUCUGUAA